GAGGAUGUUGAGAUAGGCAAAUGCUUGGAGAAUGUCAAAGUGCUGGCAGGCGAUUCUCGUGAUGCCAAUGGACGUGGACGCUUCUUUCCAUUUAUACCGGAACAUCAUUUACGAGCCGUUGUUAACAAAAAUUACUGGUAUUGGCAGAUGAUCUACUAUGACACAGAUGAGGGUCUGGAUGGUUGCUCCAAUUAUACUAUAUCAUUUCAUUAUAUCAAGCCCAAUCAAAUGUAUGUGCUGGACUAUUUGAUAUAUCAGCUACGACCAUAUGGCAUAGUCCAUAAGCCCGAUGCAUUGCCCAAGAAAUUGGCAUUGGGCGAACUGAUGCCAGCCCCACAAGUUCCAGUGGAGUCCCAAGUAUCAACAGAGUCCAAGGAUUCGAAUACAACCGAAACAGUAACGAAAGCGCAAUGA